AGUCACAGUCCGACUUCCAGGUGUUCCAGGUGUGCAGCAUCACCUCUCUGUCGUCACAGUUACUGUCGCUAAGCAACUGAGCCCCUCAAAGCUGCAGCAUCUCCUGGACCUCUUGGAGGAGAGGCAGGCAGGAGGGCAGACAGACAGACCAUCCGACAGACUGACAGACAGACAGACAGGCCACUCUCAUCAUGAAUAUAAUCGUCACUUCGAUGGAUGGGACGCACCACACACAGACGGUGAACCCACAGUUCUCAGUGGGCUCUCUGAAAAACCUCAUCCAGGAGACACUAGGAGUCCCCUUCCAGCAGCAGAAGCUCGUCUUGGUCAACGACCAGAAGACACUUCUCAGCGACGACUCAAAGACUCUCGAGUUCUACGGCUUACAGUCCGGCUCCCAGGUGUCCCUGCUAGUAACGGAGCCGGUGGUCCCGCCUGUGGUCCCGCCUGUGGCUCCUAUCCAAGUGUUGCUCAGAAACGUUAACGGGGCUACGAAACCCUACGACGUCAACCCCGACGAGACCGUGAGCGACUUCAAGAGAAAAGUCCAGAACCGAGAGGGCGUUGCCGAGAGCCAGCAGCACCUCAUCCACCAAGGCAAAGAGAUGAGCACCGGUAGACUGUCCGACUACAAAGUCACAGCAGGAAGCCUCAUCUUUCUGACUCUCCAUUUAAGAGGAGGACAUGGGUUAAACUAGGCUUUCGAACAUUCUUUUAAUUGCUGUCUUAUUUUUUGUUGCAUUGUCAUGUUGAAAGAAGUAUUCAUCUAUGUAACUAUUUUAUCUUAACAAUCUGUUUUUUUUUUGCUUUAACCCUCCUGUUGUCCUCGG